CCAGGUGUCCAGGAUGAUGCGCCCGGACGACGCCAACAUCGCGGGCAACGUGCACGGCGGCACCGUGCUCAAGAUGAUCGAGGAGGCCGGCGCCAUCAUCAGCACCCGCCACUGCAACUCCCAGGCCGGGGAGCGCUGCGUGGCCGUCCUGGCUCGCGUCGAGCGCACCGACUUCCUCUCGCCCAUGUGCAUCGGGGAGGUGGCCAACGUGAGCGCGGAGAUCACCUACACCUCCAAGCACUCCGUGGAAGUCCAGGUCACUGUGCUGUCUGAAAACAUCCUAACAGGCGCCAAGAAGGUGACGAACAAAGCCACGCUGUGGUACGUGCCGCUGUCCCUGAAGAACGUCAACAAAGUGGUGGAAGUUCCUGCCAUGCAGUACGCACGCAAGGAGCAGGAGGACGAAGGCAGGAAGCGCUACGAGGAGCAGAAGCUGGAUCGGCUGGAAACRAAGCAAAGAAACGGCGAUGUGAUCGUCCCGAUGGUGGGCCCAGAGCCACACACCGUGGGCUACAGCCAGUCCAGCCUCAUCCACCUGGUGGGCCCGUCGGACUGCACCCUGCUCGGCUUCGUGCACGGCGGCGUCACCAUGAAGCUCAUGGACGAGGUCGCGGGCAUCGUGGCGGCGCGCCACUGCAAGACCAACAUCGUCACGGCCUCCGUGGAUGCCAUCAACUUCCACGAGAAGAUCAAGAAAGGUAGUGUUAUUACUAUUUCUGGGCGCAUGACCUUCACGAGCAAUAAAUCCAUGGAGAUCGAGGUCUUUGUGGAUGCUGAUCCCUUUGUGGAUGAGCCGCAAGAAAGAUACCGCGCGGUCAGUGCUUUCUUCACCUACGUGUCGCUGAGCAAGGAGGGGAAACCUCUGCCYGUGCCGCAGCUGCUGGUGGAGAGCGAAGAGGAGAAGAGGCGCUUUGAAGAAGGCAAGGGCCGGUACCUGCAGACCAAGGCGAAGCGGCAGGCGCAGCUGCAGCAGGCUGCACAGCCCUGACGCCGCCGYGGGCAGAGCCGCCGGCUGCUCGGCCCCUGCUUCGCAGCCCGCUCCGUGUUGUGUGCAGCGCGCAGGGCUCGCGCCGCCGCCGCUUUGCAAUGAAGCUCGCGCCGCGAGCGGAGCGGGGAGGCUGCGCGCUGCUCCCCCGGCAGUGCCGGAGCACCCGCUGCCACCGGCGCCCACGCUCCGUCAUCGCCGCCGCGGCGCUCCGGUGCCCCGGCUCAAGCAGAGCCGAGGCGCUGGCCGCUCGUGGCAGGAUCCUCAUGCUCUUUGUAUCCGCCAGCCUCUACCCCGUCCCUCUGGUUUGACUCCAAAGCGUUGCUGCCGUCUGCAUCACUGCGGCGACGGAGGCGGCCUCCGCUCUCCGUAGUGCUCUGUUAAUCGUACAGUAUGUCCUACAAACGUACACCAAAGCUUAUUUAUGAUACUCUGCUGUAUUACUGCAACGAGUAUUGCAUUGAAUGUCUCGGACCAUUCCAUGUACAUCUCUAUAUAGUAUCUCUGUGCACAUCUAAGUUAUUUAAGGAAUACUGUGACAUAAAUAAAGUCUGUUGG